AUGGUGAUGGGGUCCACUUCUAUUUCCAAUCGGAGUGCAUCUGAGAAGGAGGAGAGAGUUACGAGCACAAAGAAGAAAGGAAGCAAGCUUCAGGAAAAUGGUGAUUCUUCUUCGCCUGCAAAGAGGAGUAACAAACCCCCGGAGAUCCGGGUUGUCGGUGGCCGGAUUUAUGAUUCCGUCAAUGGAAAAUGUUGCCAUCAGUGCCGUCAAAAAACCAUGGAUUUUGUGGCAGCUUGCAAGAAUCUGAAGAAUAACAAGCAAUGCACCAUUAUGUAUUGUUAUAAGUGCCUUUUGAACAGGUAUGGUGAGAAGGCAGAAGAAGUAGCUGCCCUGAAGGUGUGGAGUUGUCCUAAGUGCAGAGGCAUAUGCAACUGCAGUAUUUGCAUGAAAAGAAGAGGUCAGCAACCCACUGGUUUACUUACCAAUACAGCCAAGUCAGCGGGAUUUUCAUCAGUUUCAGAGAUGCUGCUUAUGGGAGCAACACACUUAAGUAAUGCGGAGGUGGUUGUCUCUUCACUGGGAAAACGAGGGAAAGAAAAUUCAUUUGACGGAAAUAUAGAUGUGAAUCUACCGAAUCAUAUCGACAAGAAGUCCAAGAAAGUUAGGGAGAUUCAAAAGGGAGAUUGGCGAGUGAACAUUCAUUUCCCUCUAGGGAUAGAGUUGAACAGUGUCGCCGGAAUUGAUAUACAAACAGAAGAUGUUGGCAGCGCCUUGCAGUUCUUAGAAUUCUGUGCUGUUUUUGGCAAGAUUCUUGAUGUGAAAAAGGGGCAACCAGAACAUGUUCUGCAAGACUUGUUGCAUGGACGAGCUCGACGAGGAAAAUUUUCUUUGGCAGUCCAAUUUCAUAUUAAUCUGCUGUCUAUUGUACUGUCGGAUAGGGAAAAAACAUGUGUAAAGCUGAAUCCGUCAGAUGGAAAUGACUCAUGGUUUAAUAUGCUAAAGAAAUUUUUGUCCGAAUCGAAAAGUGUGCUUAAAGCGCUGGGACUGGAUUCUUUCAACAAAGCAUCUGAUUAUGCGACUUUAAAAGCUUCAGAAAAGCUUAAGCUCUUGAACAUUCUGUGUGAUGAAGUUCUGGAAACUGAGUAA